CCAUUUGCUCUCGACCAGCUUUAAAUUGAACACGAGCUUGAACUUCAGAGUAACUGUGUCUCUCACAGGCAAGUUCAUUUCUUAUCUCUACCACUCAUUGACUGAAACUAUUAACAGCAGCACGUGCUUCCAGUUACUGCUGUACCAGCCAUCCCAAAUGACGUAUCUGUGACACUCCUGAAAUGGCUUCUCUCGCAACGAUUUUGCUGAUAAUUAUUGCAUUUCCACCCACCCGCACAAGCAAUAUGAAUCAAGAGGCUUGUGGCCUUGAGCAGUUUUUCGAGAAGCGUGAAUAUUCGUGGAGAUCUUUGGGAAGUACUUUCGAAUGCAUUUCGAGAUGCAGUGCCAACUUUGGCAUCGAUUAUGCAUCAAGACAGCCAAAAUUAGUAGAACGUGUUUUUAGCCCAAAUCGGCCUUUCAUCGACUGCCUGAAAGAAAAAAGAUCGGUUGUGUCUUACUGCAAAACCAAAAUAAGUGGAAUAACUUUCAAACAGGAAGGGGAUUUUCCCCUUUAUUAUUUUCCGUAUUUAGUUAAGGCUCGUCGAUUUCAAGCUGAGAAAUAUUGCUUAAAACAUGGUCUUAGAUUUGGUAUUAAUGAAACAAUGCUUGAAACCAUAUUGCUUGAUAUAGACGAGGUUAAAAUAUGGGCACCACAAGUACAAAUUAGACCGAACGGUUCAACUCCUAGGGUACAGUGUGUGACGUUCAAAAUGAAUGGCAAAACAUUAGAACGAAGGAAUGAAAGCUGUGGCAAUGAAAACAAUUUUAUUUGCACACUUCCCGAGAUUUGUCACUCAAACAGAUGCAGUUCGCAGUGCCAGAAUAAGAACUGCGGGAACCAGCAGGUUACUGAUUGUGAUGUGAACUGCACUAAAAUUGACUGCUCGGAGGAAACUGGAGAUAGAUUUGGAAUAGGACCCUCUGACGGAGAGAUUGUUGAAAUGUGUGGUUACGAAUACCUCUUUACAAAAACUGCACGGUAUACACAAAGAGGAUCUCAAAUGUUUUGCUGCACAAAAAUUAUGGACGUGGUUGACAUAACAACCGAGAGUGAAUUGGCAUGUUUCCUUAAUGAAACGAUCAAACGGAAUUUAUCCAGCAAUUCAUAUUGGACGAAUGCUCGUCUGUCAACAUGUCCCAAUAAGUACGCUUGGUGUUCAUCAAACCCUGAACUGGCGAACGAACAGGUUCUACAGGCGAAGAAGUCAAGUCCAUUUGUUGCAUUGAAGCCAAUUACUGGUCCAAACUCGAUAGUUUGGGAAUUUGAAGAUGGAUCAGCUAUAAAACGUACCAUUUGCAAGAGGGAGGCUUCAUCAAACUGCAAAAAAUCAAACUGUUUCCAAGUUGGAUGUAAAUCUGAGAUCUCAAAGAAUACUGCAUCGAAAGGAUCUCUUUUGUAUAGGUUGGGCUGCAUCGAGAUUCAAGGAUGUAACAAAAGUUUCUUGGUUUGCUUGGGGUCAGGAAAUAGGUUUUCCUACUUCCAAUGUGCAAAAUGGUCCUGCGGAGACUUCUACAACUUCAAGCUCAUUUCAUUUGAGACAAAGGAGAAAUUAGAUUGCGUUUUGGGAACCUUCAAGUCAUACAAGAUGAAUAACACCAGAUUUUACCUUUCGGCAACCUCAUUUGGAUGUCCAAGCGCUCCCAGGUGGUGCAACUAUGUGGACAAUCCCCCUCUCAACUACACUUAUUUGACGUGGGCAAAAGGUGAACCUUCAACUGACCCCAACAAGGAGUGCUUCUAUGCUGAUUACAAUGCGACGAAAAAUGACUUCACUUUUGGGAAGAGCAACUGCAGAGCUGAGAUUAAUUUCGUGGCUGAGACUAUUUCGUGAAUUGAAUAAUUGCGAUCGCUAUCAGAUAGUAGAAAUAAGAAUGAUCUGAAAAUACACAUUAUUUGCUUAAAUAGCUGGUCUAAAAAUCUUGUUUUAAUCUUUAGUAAAAUUGUAUGCAACGUUUGGUUCCUGGCAAGUGAUUAAUUUUUUUAGUAACCUGCAUAACCACGCACUUCACAUUAAUAUUUUUUUCUGAACCAAAUCAUUUUGCACUAAGGUGGUUGCAAACUGAGGUCGUAAUUAUAAUUGCUAACUUGGGUGCUGGUUGGCAGAAAAUGAAGAUCUUUUUUAUUUCAUUCGUGAAUAAGGCACUCUUCUUAUUUUAAUAUAAUGGGGAAUAUUUGAUAAUUUCUUGAACAU